ACACACACACACACACACACACACAGAGACACACACACAAAAACGCCCAAUAAAUUACAGUUGCAGGCAGCGCACACAUAAAAAGUUUUAUAACAAAAAGCAAAGAAAACGCAUACAAAAUAGAUAUAAACCGGGUCAGCAGACAACGGCCAACGUUAAAAGAGUACAAGCUAACGAAAACAUUCCAAUAAAAGAAGAACAAAUUAAAUCAAAUACCAGAGUUACAGCCAGAGCUGCCUGCCUGCGCCAAGUGUAACCAAAGUGUAAAAAAAAAAAAAAAACACCCGAUACCGAAAACAUUUUUAUCAAUUAUGAAUUUCUUGGGCUUUGGCCAAUCAGCCGAAAUAGAUAUUGUAUUCGAUGGUGCCGAGAAUAAAAAGACCGCCGAGGUCAAGGGCGAGGAUGGCAAAGUGGAGAAGAUGCUGCUCUUCUACGAUGGCGAAACAGUAUCCGGCAAGGUAAAUGUGACGCUUAAGAAGCCCGGCAGCAAACUGGAGCAUCAGGGCAUUAAGAUUGAGUUCAUUGGACAAAUUGAAUUGUUCUAUGAUCGGGGCAAUCAUCAUGAAUUCAAGUGCCUGGCCAAGGCGUUGGCCCGUCCCGGCGAUCUCAUACAGAACAAUAGCUAUCCCUUCGAUUUUCCAAAUGUGGAGAAACAGUUUGAGGUAUAUGCCGGUUCCAAUGUACGUUUGCGUUACUUUCUCCGCGCGACAAUUGUGCGACGGAUAAGCGAUAUCACGCGCGAGGUGGACAUUGCUGUGCAUACGCUCUGCAGUUAUCCGGAAAUGAAUAAUCCAAUCAAAAUGGAGGUGGGCAUCGAGGAUUGCCUGCACAUCGAGUUCGAGUACAACAAAAGCAAAUAUCAUCUCAAGGAUACAAUAAUUGGCAAAAUAUAUUUUCUGCUUGUACGCAUUAAGAUUAAGCAUAUGGAGAUUGCGAUAAUUAAGCGCGAAUCCACCGGCACCGGACCGAACAUUUUCAAUGAGAACGAAACGAUUGCCAAAUACGAGAUAAUGGACGGUGCGCCCGUCAAGGGCGAAAGCAUACCCAUACGCGUAUUCCUUGCCGGCUACAAUCUGACGCCGACAAUGCGGGACAUUAAUAAGAAGUUCUCGGUCAAGUAUUUUCUCAAUCUGGUGCUGAUGGACACCGAGGAUCGCCGCUAUUUUAAACAGCAGGAGAUAACGCUGUGGCGCAAAGCGGAUAUACCACGCUACCAUGUUGCCCAGCAGCAGCAUCAGCAGCAGCAGCAGCAGCAGCAGCAACAACAGCAUCAGCAGCAGUCGCAUCAUCAGCAUCACCAGCACGUGCCGCUGCACGCACCGCCGCAUUUGGUGAGCGGUCCGGCAGCCCCGACCGUUGCCCAUUCGCUGAUUAGCAGCAGCACGGACAGCGAAGGCGCUGCCAUUGGCGUCGGCGCCCAAGCCGAAUCCAAAAUGGGCCUGUUCACGCGCGAGAGCCCCAAUCAGGAGUUUAGCCAACAGCAGCUGGACUCGCCGCUGCCCAAUUCACCGAUGACGCCUGGCAACGAAAGCAAUGCAAUUGUGGCCGCCGCCGCCGCCGCCGCCGCGGCCGCCGUAGCUGCCGGCAGUGAACGUGAGCGUGGCAUGGGCGAUGGCGCUGCCGCGGCAACGACAAGCGCCUCACCAGUGGCCAUGCUGUCGAACACGCCGCCGCCGCUGCUGCAGCUGCCGCCGACCAGCGAGGAGCAGCCGGAGAUGUUGCAAUCACCGGCGCAUGCCGCCGGCGAUGGCAACAUGGAAUUCGAUUUAAACGAUGAUGACGAUGAGCGGGCACAGCUUGUGCCCGACGAUGAGCUAACGGACGUGGCGUUGCCAACGCCACCAGCACCCGCAGCCGUGCCCGUGCCCGCACCCACGCCCGUCUCCACAGCCGCCAAAAAGGUGAACGCUGCGCCACUGAGCGCGGAUUGAGUGGCAGCCACGAUUCUGUUAACGAUUGCGAAUAUGUUUAUGUUUAUGAUUUCCACAACAACUCAAUGGCUGGCGAUAGCUGGGUCAACUAUUAACGUAUAUCCAAAACGUAUACACGAAAAAUAUGCAUAUAUAUAUACACACACACACACACAUACACACGCAUAUAUAUAUAUAUAUAUGUGUGUAUAUCUAUUUUUUUAGAAAUUAAUUUGAAAUUGUUAAAGAAAAAUGUUUUAUUGAAGUUAUGCGCGCAACUUGAUCCACUUGCACACACACACACACACACGCACACCCUUUCGGCAAAAAUAAUAUUCAAUAUGUACACAGACGCUAUUAAUACCCUCUCUCUCUCUCUCUCUCUGCCUCUCUCUGUCUCUAUCCAUGCUCUUAGCUCUAGUAACUUGUAUUCAAAAACAAAAAUCAUUGCAUAAGGCAAACGAAUGUUAUAAAUUUUUGUAAGCCAGACCACGCCCACUUUGCAAAGGAAACGCCCAACUAAAAGCAAUAUAAGAACUCAUUCCCAUUUGGAAAAUUUGAUUUUUCAAUUAGCAACAAACAACAAACAGAGAAUACAAAACAAAUGCUUUUUAAAAGUAAAUUCAAAUUGAACAAUUCAAAUCAAUACAAAAAACCGAUGCGUAAGCAUAACUAAGUUAAAUAUAAAGUUUAGAGAAUAUAUAUACAUAUAUGUAUAAAUAUAUAAAUCGAAGCACGCCUAGAAAACAUGUUACAUGCAUCCGCAUAUAUAUAAAUCUAUAUAUAUAUAUAUGUAUGGGCACGAUAUAUGCUUGCAUAUGUACAUAACAUAUUUCAUAUUAAUAUAUGCAUAUAUAUAUAUAUAUAUAUCUUUAUAUAUAUAUAUAUAUACAUGUAUAUUAUAAAUUACAAUUUAUGAAAUUAAUAAAAACGAGACAGAAAACCGAAUCUUGUAUGAACCGAAGCAAUCAAAA